GUCGCUCUUCGUUAACCUCUCUCUAUCUUCUCUUUGCCAUCGCUGGAUGCUAUCUAUUCUUCUUUCUCAAAUAUCUGAGGCCCUCUUCCACUGCUUGUCUUCCAGCACGGCACAGAUCCUCUUCUUUGCGCAAUGGAGAAACCUGCUUCAAACUGGUACGAUGUGCAACGAGUGCCUGAGGAUUACGUGUUUCCACCAGAAAUAAGACCAGGGAGCGUCCAUGUUCCUGUAAGUGAAAGCUUCCCAGUGAUUGACCUCAGCGAAGCAGAGAAAGGUGAUCGAACCCAUACCGUGCAGAAAAUUCUCAAAGCCGCUCAAGAGUUUGGAUUCUUCCAGGUGAUCAAUCAUGGGAUACCGGACAAUCUAAUUAAUGAAACAAUGAGUGUGUUGGGGGAGUUCUUCCAGUUGCCGGCGGAGGCGAAGCAGAACUUGUCCUCACAGGAUUGGCACAAGGAUUUCAGGUUCACUUUGAACGGUGUAACUUAUGCUGCCGAGAAUGUUCAUACAUGGAGGGAAUUUCUCAAACACCCAUGUCAUCCUUUAGAGAGGUGGCAGCAUUUGUGGCCUCAAACCCCAGCGAGAUAUCAAGAGUGUAUUGGGGCGUGUUCAAUGGAAGUUAAGUUGAGUUCCAGGAUCUUGAGGUUAAUCAGUACAGUGAAGGGCUUGGACUGCAUGGCGAAUAUCUUGAGGGUGAAUAUAGCCAAACUAUGA